AUGCGCUCCAAGAUCCUCGCUGCCCUCCCUUGGCCUGUCCAGGUCGUCGUCGGCAACAUCAUCUACCGCAAAGUUACCCGCAAUCUCCAGGGCCAGGGUAUCAUGGCCUUCACUGAAGAAGAGAUCAGUGAGUUCCGGCAGGAGAUCUGGGCGAGUCUGAAUGCGGUGGUAGCGGAGGCGCAAAAGAAGCAGUCCGAUCGGGACAGGCCAUUCUGGGUCUGGGGUGGGGAGGGGCCGACGGAGGUGGAUGCGGGCACCGGCCACAAGAGAGAUCAUCAAGGGGUAUCCUGCUGUGGUCGAUUAUGCGAGACGGAUCCAUGA